AUGGAUUUGGAAUAUGAAGCCCUGUUGAAAAACAAAACUUGGGAGCUGGUCACCCUUCCUCCCAAUAGAGAAGCAAUAGGAAGCAGAUGGGUAUUCAGAAUUAAGUACAAUUCUGAUGGGUCGUUACAAAAAUACAAGGCAAGGCUGGUAGCUCAAGGGUACUCACAGAGACUAGGGUUUGACUUCACUGAAACAUACAGCCCAGUGGUCAAACCUACUUCAAUCAGAAUUCUAUUAUCAAUUGCCCUAGCUGAAUCAUGGACAAUCAGGCAAUUGGAUGUAAACAAUGCCUUUUUACAUGGAGACUUGGCAGAAGAAGUGUAUAUGAAGUAG